CAAGCAUUUUGGAUGGGAGUGGAGGGAACAGUGACUCCUUUCCCCUUUAACGCCCCUCUGUCCUCACUUCAAGUAGACAUCUCCCCUCUUUGGCAUGCACUUCCAUUUGUUGCAUGGUGUCUCCCCCAAUUAUUGCCUCCCCCUCCCUCCCUUCUUUCCCCAAAUUAGGAGACACACACCCACUUGCAGUAGUGAGAGAGAGGCCUUUGAGUACAGUUGCGACUGACUGUACUUGAAGCAAGGUUCCCAAGGAGCAAAGCAUGGAAAAUGGCGGGAACUACCCCUAUCACCCCACGUACUCGACCGUCCCCCAAGCGCUGAACGGUCACUUCCCCGUCCACCUCCCCUGGGACACCGCUGACCUCGGCUCCGCCGCGCCAGCAGCCGCCGCCACUCGCCUCGGCUCGACUGCGGCCCACGCGCGGUCCGUCGGCCACCGCCCUCUGCACUACGCCCGGGGUGGAGGAGGGGAGCUAGGCGCGCGGGCCGACCCGCACCUCACGUGCCUGCAGCUGGGGAAGAGGCGCUACUUCGAGAGCGACCGAGCGGCGGGGGACCGGAGGUGCAAGACCCACCACCGGGGAGCGACGGCGGUGCCCAGGUGCCAAGUGGAGGGGUGCCACGUGGCGCUGGGGGACGCCAAGGAGUACUACAGGAGGCACAAGGUGUGCGAGUCGCACUCGAAAGCUCCCAGGGUGGUGGUGCUCGGCCUGGAGCAGCGCUUCUGUCAACAGUGCAGUCGGUUCCACCAAGUGUCGGAGUUUGACGACGCGAAGAGGAGCUGCCGGAGGAGAUUGGCUGGGCACAACGAGCGUCGGAGAAAGAGCUCUCACGAUUCUGUUCCCAGCAACUCUUCUCAGGGAUGUGCUCUCUCUCUUCUGUCAUCGAGAAUGGAUACUUGGGUCUCUCCAUCCGAGCUCUCCUCGAGAUCCAGCGCUGCACUACAUGAGCUCAUCGCUGAACACCGGGCAACCAUCUUGGCGAGGCAGCUCAUCUUGGAUCGGGACUGGCACUUGCACUAUGCUGGAGGGGACCUUGGUGAGGCUCAGAACGGCUCCGCUUCACUUUUCCCCCACGAGCACCAAGUGUUGCCUGAACCACACUGCUGGGACAGGUUCCAGGAGGAACCAGGCACGCAGGUCACUCUAGAUCUCAUGCAGGCGCCGAGCUCUGCAUUCGGUUUGUUGUCCAUGAGGGAAAAGGCUAAGGAUGAGGAAGAGUGUUCAGACAUAUGGAACUCUUUCGCGAGUACCCAUGUUGAUUAAAUUCGACUUCCCUCUCACGUCCGUUUCCCAUCGCUGCAAGGCCAAGGAUUGUACCAAACGAGCAAGGACCUGUGUUUAAGCUGUAUAGAAUUUUGUAUUUCCUACUUUAGUUUGUGUGUCCUGUUCCAUGGAAUUGAUGCUUUCCAACUCAAUCCACCUAUUAUAUUGUUCUUAGAGCAAUGAAGUUAUAUUUCUAU